CUAAAGAGGCCCCAAUCCCACAACUAGGAACAUUGAACACUAUGAAAACUCCCAACAUACCAACCUGGCGUCUCAUACUUCUGAUCAUCAGCCUCUGUAUCGGUCUCUUCCUCUCCCUCCUCGAUACCUCGAUCGUAGCAACAGCGCUAUACAGUAUCAGCAUUUCCUUCUCCGCGUCUCAUACAACUACUUGGGUCGCUCUGUCCUACACUCUUUCUUACCUCAGUUUUGCAAUCCCGUUUGCCAACCUCAGCGAUGUCAUUGGCCGUCGCGUUGCUUGGUUGCUUGCGUUUGCUAUCUUCUUUGCCUUUUCGUUGGCUUGUGGGUUUGCAAAGACGUUGGUGCAGUUGAUUGCUUUUCGGGCCGUGCANGGGGUGGGUGGAAGUGGAUUGUACUCGUUGACGAUGAUUGUUAUGCCAGAGCUUGUCGAGGAGAGAAAAAGAAAGUGGAUCGGUGCUAUUGUUGGACUGGUUGUUGCGGUCGCGGGUGUGAUGGGGCCUGCGGUUGGAGGAGUGAUUACUAGGUUUACGAGCUGGAGAUGGGUGUUUUGGAUCAAUGGUCCUAUUGCUCUUGUCGCUGUUGUGCUUUUUUAUCUCACUUGGCCUUCUGAGAAUAUGAUGAAGCAACCUUUACGUCGCUCCUGGACACAACUCGACUUUCCAGGCUCUUUCCUCCUCAUCGCCGCUUCUGUUCUCGUGGUNUUUGCCUUCCAACAAGCCGGCCUCAGACCAAAUUCCUGGGACGAGACUAUUUUCCUCGCACCUUUGCUGGUAGGCUGUCUCUGUUGGUGCACCCUCUUCGGCUGGGAACUCUUCGCUGCAAACCAUUCUAUCUCAGCCAUCUUGCCUCCACGCUUACUCAAACGCCGCGUGUACAUGUCCACUGUUGUGGUUACCAUGCUCACAGGCUUUGUAAACUUUAUCGCUAUAUACAGUCUUCCUCUCCAUUUCCAGGUCGUCAAUGGGACUAGUCCCCUCACCGCUGGAGUAGCGUUACUGCCUCUCUUGGUCUCAGCAGCCAUAGGCAGUAUGCUAGGCGGUCUUACCGCUAACCACACCUUCCCUGCUUUGGCGAUCGCAAACAGUCUAAUAGCACUUGGAGCAGGCUUGUUGUCCACGCUGACACAACAUCACGGCGUUCAAGCCAAAACAUACGGCUUUGAGGUGCUGUUAGGUUUGGGGCUGGGCUUGUCCAUCUCGACUUCGACAUUACUCGCCGCGACGCAACAUGAGACUGCGGAUCUCGCUGUUGCACAGGGUAUUGUGGCGCAAGCCAGAGUACUGGGCGGGAGCAUUGGGAUUGCAGCCUCGUCUGCCAUCUUGGGUGAUAUGGGAGCAAAAGCUAUGGGAUCAGGUCGAGUGGUUGACGAGAAGUUGGUCUAUGCGAAGGCGUUUUCGAAGACCAUGUGGGUUUGUGCUGUUGUUGCUUGUAUUGCUGUGAUUGUCUCAGCCGGAACUCGUCAGAAAGACACGGCA